AUGCAAAUCUUUGUAAAAACACUUACUGGUAAAACCAUCACUUUGGAAGUUGAAAGUAACGACUCCAUCUCACAAAUAAAAGAAAAAAUCAAGGAUAAAGAAGGAAUACCUGGGGAUCAACAACGUUUAAUCUUUGCCGGAAAACAGUUGGAGGAUGAGCGCACUCUUUCGGAUUAUAAUAUUCAAAAAGAAUCAACUCUUCAUCUAGUACUCCGUUUAAGAGGUGGCAUGCAAAUUUUCGUAAAAACGCUCACCGGUAAAACCAUCACUUUGGAAGUUGAAAGUUCGGAUAACAUCACCCAAGUCAAACAAAAAAUUCAAGACAAGGAAGGAAUCCCUCCGGAACAACAACGUUUAAUCUUUGCCGGAAAACAGUUGGAAGAUGAAAGAACCCUCGGUGAUUAUAAUAUUCAAAAGGAAUCAACCUUACAUUUAGUACUUCGUUUACGAGGUGGUGGUAAAAUCAAAAAGUCGUGUAAAUAUGAUAAAUGUGGCUCUAAACAAUCAACGAUUGGUUAUUGUAAAUAUUGUGAUACGCACUUUUGCAAAGACCAUAGAUUACCUGAAGCUCAUACAUGUAAAAAUAUGAGCAGUUGUAAACAAGCUAGCUUUGAACGGAAUGCGGCAAAAUUACGAAGUGAACAGUGUGUUGCAAGUAAAUUGGUCAUGUCAUAA